AUCCAAGGGUAAAGUUGAGACUAGCUGGGAUUCACAAUUAGGAAAAAAAAAGAUAAGGCUCUCCAGGGGUAUACAUUCAGGUAAGCAUAUCAAUAUAAUUAAAAAUUGUAGGAAAACUAAUAGUUUUUUUGUUUUGAAUAAACUACAGAGGAGCACAAUAGUUUGUUUAUAUUAAGUUAACAAAAAAGAAGAAGGAUAGAUAAAGUUGCUGAAAUUCUAUAUUGCAAAUCAGCCAACUACUUGGGUGAUAAAAUUAGGAAAUGAACAUCUGUAAGGAAGAAUAUUAAAAUUAAGAAUUUGACAGAUAAAAAUAAUUUAUUCAUCAACCAUGGGAAAAGAUAUGAUUCUGAGUGAAAAUUGAAAAUAAAUGUGCUUGAAUAUUAUUGGGCCACCUAUCCUUGAAGAGGGUAGGCUAAAUGAGGAUCCAAUAAUGAGGCCAGUUUGUUUGUUUGUUUGUUUGUUUGUUUGUUUAUUUUUGGUACUGGGCAUUGAACACAGAGGUGCUUUAGCCACCAAGCCACAUCCCCAAUCUUUUUAUUUUUUAUUUCAAGACAAGGUGUUGUUGAGUUGCUGUAACUGGCCUUGAACUUGGGAUCCUCCUGUUUCUGUCUCCUGAGUUGGUGGGAUUACAUUCCUGCACCACUGCCUGCCCAGGUUGUUUCUUUUUUUAAAUAAGUAGUUCUAAGGCUCCUUCAGCCAUAUAGCACAACAAUGAUAUUGUUGCCCUGGAGAAUUCUUUAAAAGAUCUGCUUAAGUAUGGGUAGAAUUUUGAUAAAAUCCCAAGCAAUAUUGUGUUAGCUAUACUCCAACAGUAGGGGGCAUUGUUUGCAUAGAUCAUGAUAUUACCGGUUCCUCCUCAAAUUGUGAAAUGCUGCAUCCUUGAUCCCUAGUAUCUUGUGAAUUCUUUUUUUUAUAUCAUUGCUAAUGUUUUGGAGAUUUUUGUUUUUAAUAUUUAUAUUUUAGUUCUCGGCGGACACAACAUCUUUGUUUGUAUGUGGUGCUGAGGAUCGAACCCGGGCCGCACGCGUGCCAGGCGAACCAGGCGAGCGCGCUACCGCUUGAGCCACAUCCCCAGCCCGGAUCAUAUGACUUUAAAUAACAAUGUAUGUUAUCACAUUGUUAUUUUAAGUCAUAUCUCUGGCUAGGAAAGUAUAUCAAUAGUAGAGUGCAUACUUUGCAUGUGUUGGGUUCUGGGUUCAAUUCUUAAAACCACCAAAAAUAAAAAAAAAUUAAGUUGCCUUGGUCUAAUCUCCACAAUGCAGAGAUUGCUGUAAAUUGGCAAAUUUUUAGAUUCUAGGACAGCAUCUGACUAUACAGGAUUUAUAAUCAUGGGGUAUAUGAAUUCGAGUAAGUUCUCUAAGGAAUCCAGUCAUAGAAACCUGUGGUACCUUUUCCUGUUUUUACCAGUAAGGGAAACAUCCCCUUAGAGUUUUGAUUUGCAGUACUGGGGAUUGCCUCAUUCCAGUUUUGACAUUGAUAGCACCAAACUUGUAUCUGUAAAUGUCACUAUGUAUAUUUUAAAUCCCAUAGCUUUAAAAAUUAGAGUCUAAUGGAGUGUGAAACCAAAAUUCUGUAUGGGUACCAGAAGUUCACAUAUGCCAUUAGUAUGGAGAGGCUUGUUUUUAGUCUUGCUUAUGUUUUAUAUUAAAUAUAAUAAUAAAUUUUGAUAUGGGGAAGAUACGUAUAAUUAUUAGAGUAGGAAUUUUUAACUUAAGAAAUGAGGAUGAACACUAGGUUAUAAAUAAAAGAUGAUACAGAAGAUUAGGAACAGGAAGCAAAAGUUAAAUUUAAACUUUUCAAUUAAGAAGUUUUUCUAUUUACGUACAUGUAGUAGGUAGGUAGGUAGGUAGGUACGUGAUGCUCAAACCCAGAACCUUAAGCAUGCUAAGCAAGUGCUCUGCCACUAGUUACAUCCCCAAUCUGAGGGUUUAAAACCUUACAUAAGGAAAAAAUAUAAAGAAGACCUUUUUCUCUCUUGUUUUUUUUUUUUUUGGUACUGGGGAUUGAACCUAGCAGCCCUCUGCCACUGAGCUACAUCCUUAACCCUUUCUAUUCUUUUUAUUUUGAGACAGAGUCUCACUAAAUUGUUUAGGGCCUGAGCCUCCUGAGUCAACUCGGGUUACUGGCAUGCAAAGAAGACUGUUAGAUUUUAAGGAAUCAAUGUAAAAAUUAUAAGAGUUUAGAAACCUGCAAAAGCUAUGUGAGAGCCAGAUGCUUUUUGUCCUCACCUUGAAUCUUCCCAGAUAACUGAUGCAAUGGACUUGUAAUUCAAAUGGAUGACAUGGAAUCAGGAGGGAAGAACCAGCAUUCACAGCUCUGAUGGAGGGCAAAAUCAAUAAGCAGUUGAAGAAAGUUCUAAAGAAAAUAGUGAAAGAAGCACAUGAACCUCUGGCUGUAGCUGAUGCUAAACUAGGAGGAGUCAUAAAGGAAAAACUGAAUCUCAGUUGUAUCCAUAGUCCUGUCGUUAAUGAACUUAUGAGAGGAAUCCGAUCACAAAUGGAUGGAUUAAUCCCUGGUGUAGAACCACGUGAAAUGUCAGCCAUGUGUCUUGGGUUGGCCCACAGCUUGUCUCGAUACAGAUUAAAGUUUAGUGCUGAUAAAGUGGAUACAAUGAUUGUUCAGGCGAUUUCCUUGUUAGAUGACUUGGAUAAAGAACUAAACAACUACAUUAUGCGAUGUAGAGAGUGGUAUGGCUGGCAUUUUCCAGAAUUAGGAAAAAUUAUUUCAGAUAAUUUGACAUACUGCAAGUGUUUACAGAAAGUUGGUGAUAGGAGGAACUAUGCUUCUGCCACACUAUCUGAAUUUCUGCCAGAAGAAGUUGAAGCUGAAGUGAAAGCAGCAGCAGAAAUAUCUAUGGGAACAGAGGUUUCUGAAGAAGAUAUUUGCAACAUUCUGCAUCUUUGUACCCAGGUGAUUGAAAUUUCGGAAUAUAGGACUCAGCUCUAUGAAUAUCUACAAAAUCGAAUGAUGGCCAUUGCACCCAAUGUUACAGUUAUGGUUGGUGAAUUAGUUGGAGCAAGGCUUAUUGCUCAUGCAGGUUCUCUUUUGAAUUUGGCUAAGCAUGCAGCUUCUACAGUUCAGAUUCUUGGAGCUGAAAAGGCACUCUUCAGAGCCCUUAAAUCUAGACGGGAUACCCCUAAAUAUGGUCUUAUUUAUCAUGCUUCACUUGUGGGCCAGUCAAGUCCCAAACACAAAGGGAAGAUUUCUCGAAUGCUAGCAGCCAAAACCGUUUUGGCUAUACGUUAUGAUGCAUUUGGUGAAGACUCCAGUUCUGCAAUGGGAGUUGAGAAUAGAGCUAAAUUAGAGGCCAGAUUGAGAACCUUGGAGGAUAGAGGGAUAAGAAAAAUAAGUGGAACAGGAAAAGCGUUAGCAAAAACAGAAAAGUAUGAACACAAAAGUGAAGUGAAGACUUAUGAUCCCUCUGGUGAUUCCACACUUCCAACCUGUUCUAAAAAACGCAAAAUAGAACAGGUAGACAAAGAGGGGGAAGUAACUGAAAAGAAAGCCAAGAAAGCCAAGAUUAAAGUAAAAGUUGAAGAGGAGGAGGAAGAAGUAGUACUAGUAGAAGAAGAGACAUCUACCAAGAAGAAGAAGAAAAAGGAUAAAAAGAAACACAUUAAAGAAGAACCAGUUUCUGAGGAAGAGCCGUGUACCAGCACAGCAAUUCCUAGUCCAGAAAAAAAGAAGAAGAAGAAGAAGAAGAAAGACAUUGAGGACUAAUGGAAAAGGAAACAAUUUUGGCACCUGGAAACAUCAUGCUUAAGAUUCGGUUGGGAGUAUGCCAGAGAUGCUCUCUAAAAUCAUCAAGGAGAGGUUGAAUGAAACAGUGAUUAAUCAUCUCUAGCUUUUCACACUUGUGUCUUUAUGUCAACUCUUGUUAACCUUAUUAUGUCAACAUUUGUUAGAGUCUUUGAUAUAUAAAUAAAAAUAUUUUCUUUGUAUUUUAA